CCCAAGGGACAAAAGGGAUGCAUUAUUAAAUGGCCAAAAGGGAUGCAGAGCUUAUGAUCUUGAAUCCAAAAAGAUAAUGCAUACACCUCUCCAACACCACAGAACAUUUCAAUACAAGAUGGGUCUCAAGAGCACAAUUUUGAAUUAUCUGAAUCUGAUGAUUCUGAGGUCCUUAUACCACAAAGAAAACCAGCAAGAUAAUUCUACAAGGACAUACCAAAAUCAUUGCUCUCAUCUGCAAAAACAAGGAUUGAUAAUUCUACAUAUCUAGUAAACAUGGUUUGUUCAUGAACCUACUUCCUAUAUAAAAGUCAAGGAAGAUGAGAGACGGGUCAAAUCCAUGGAGCAAGAAGGGGAGGCACUUGAACGCAAUCAAAUCUGAAACUGACCCCCUUAUUAGCAGGAAAGAAAGCUAUUGGUGCUAAAUGGGUAUAUAAGAUAAAGUUCAAGCCGAAUGGAACAAUUGAACGUUUCCAAGCAAGGUGGGUAGCGAAGGGCAAUAAUCAAAUUAAAGGAAAAGAUUUUAAACACACAUUUAGUCUUGUUGCUAAAUUAACUACAGUUCGUACAUUGAUUGCCCUGGCAGCAGCCAAGAGAUGGCUAAUAGAUCAAUUUGACAUAAAUAAUGCGUUUUUACAUGGAUUCAUUGAUGAGGAACUUUACAUGCGAAUCCCAGAUGGCUAUCAUAAUGCAGAGGCAGGACAAGUUUGUAAACUCAAAAUAUCAUGAAUUACUUGCAUAUGUGGAUGAUUUAUUGAUUAUCGGAAACUCAAAGGAGCAAAUAGAGAAGAUAAAGGAUGCCUUAGAUAAAGCCUUUACCAUCAAAGAUCUUGGUUCACUUCGUUAUUUCUUGGGGAUAGAGGUAGCAAGAAAUCAUCAAGGUAUUAUUCUCAAUCAAAUGAUCGAAGUACAUUUUAGACAUAUUACAUGACACCAAGGUGAUAGUCUGCAAGCCUGUUAUAUCCCUAUAGCUUCUGGACUAAAACUAUCUGCUGAUACAAGUGAUCUUCUUCAUGAGCCUGAACAAUAUAGAUGAUUGAUUGGACGAUUUCUAUAUCUAAACUUGACAAGACCAGGCAUCUCAUAUACUAUACAACAACUAAGUAAAUUCAUGAAUGAACCAAGGAUAAGUCAUAUGCAAGCAGCCUUGUUCCUUGCUCAUUACCUCAAACAUACCAUCAACUUUGGUCCCUUCUACCCAACAAAAUCCUCACUUGAGUUAUAUAUUUGCCUUUCAUAUGAUGCUGAUUGAGGAUCAUGUUUAAUGAUAGCAUGCUCAUUAUCAGGGUAUUGUAUUUUCUUAGGAAAGUCACCCAUUUCCUUGAAAACAAAGAAACAAAAGACACUAAACAAAUCAACUACAAAAUCUGAAUGUAGAGGUAUGAGUUACACUACAUCGGAAAUUGUCUGGCUUAAUGGACUGUUUAUGGAAUUACAACAUGAGAUUCCAUAGCCUAUUUCAUUAUAUUGUGAUAAUUAAUAUGGCUGCUCAGCAUAUAGUUCAAAAUUCUAGUUGUAUUUCAUGACAAUACUAAACAUCUUCAGAUAUAUUGUCAUUAUCUAGAGAAAGAUUUCAAGAAAGAAUUUUUGAACCUUGAUACAUAUUUUCGGGUUGUUGAUAUCCUUACAAAAGAAUUAGGAAAUCGUUGCGGGGAUGCCCGAACGUACAAUUUGCCUUCGGUGUCAGAGGUGGCUGCUUUGGUCGUCGGUGAUUUUGAUGAAUCACUAGGGGAGAGAGACAUAUUGGUUCAAACUCAAACUGGAGCGCUUCAGAGGAUUAACGAGUUGCAUCCGGCAUAUUUUGGCCUUCAGUAUCCGUUAUUGUUUCCUUACGGAGAGGACGGUUAUCGUGAGGAUACAUUGUUAUCCACAUCUGAUGGUUCUGCCGUUGGCGGCAGGAAAAGAGUUAGUGUAAGGGAGUUUCUUGCAUUCCGUCUGCAAGAACGUCAUGAUAGUCAUUCAACUCUUCUCAAGACCAAGAGACUUUUUCAACAGUUCAUUGUUGACGGCUAUACUAUGGUUGAGUCUGCGAGACUAAAAUUUGUGAGGACGCAUCAGAAACAACUCCGUAGUGAAAUGUAUAAGGGUCUCAGCGAUGCUUUCUUACGGGGUGAAAAUGAUUCACGCACACAGGGGAGGAGAAUUGUAUUACCUCCUACUUUCACUGGAGGUGCACGAUAUAUGAUACAGAAUUAUCAGGAUGCCAUGACCAUAUGUAGAUGGGCAGGUUAUCCAGAUCUAUUUAUUACAUUUACCUGUAACCCAAGGUGGCCAGAGAUUGAUCGUUUUCUCCAUUCGAGAGGUUUGAGACCUGAAGAUCGGCCUGAUAUUGUCACUCGAGUUUUCAAGAUUAAGUUGGACGAUUUGAUUCAGGAUAUGAGGAAAAAAAAAUGUUUCGGCGUUGUAAGGGGAGUGGUCUACACGAUAGAAUUCCAGAAACGGGGAUUGCCUCAUGCCCAUAUUUUGUUGUGGCUAUCUGCGGAGCAUAAGUUGCCAUCACCAGAUGAUAUUGAUAGGGUGAUUUAUGCUGAGAUUCCUGAUGUUAACCGUGAUCCGUUGUACUAUGCUGCGGUAGGGGAUUUUAUGAUGCAUGGCCCCUGCGGGGGUGCAGUUAGGUCUGCGCCUUGCAUGGUUGAUGGAAGGUGCACCAAAUACUUCCCUAAAAAAUGGUGUUCUGAGACAUCAGUUGAUGACGACGGUUACCCGGUUUAUAAACGUGUUCGUAAUAAUCGUGUGAUCCGCAAGAACAAUGUGGAUUUGGACAAUAGGUUUGUUGUCCCCCACAAUCGAUAUUUGUUGAUGAAGUAUGGUGCACAUAUGAAUGUAGAGUGGUGUAACCAGUCAAGGUUGAUAAAAUAUUUGUUCAAGUACAUUAACAAGGGGCGUGAUCGAGUUACAGCUGCCUUUUACAAGACUGCGAAUGGUGAUAUGCAACACAAUGCUGUUGAUGAGAUUCAAAUGUAUUAUGAUUGUAGAUACAUUUCUCCCUGCGAAGCUGCCUGGAGGGUCUAUGGUUUUGAGAUUCAAUACAAAAACCCUCCUGUUGAGCGAUUGAGCUUUCAUUUGCCGAAUGAGCAAUCAAUAGUUUUUAAUGAUGACCAGCCACUAGACUUGGUUGUUAAUACCACGUCUGUUAGGGAUAGCAUGUUCACUGCAUGGAUGGAGGCCAAUAAAACAUAUCCCGAGGCCAGAUCAUU